AAAAUACCAGAAAUACGAUAAAGUUUCACAGUCGGUUAGAUUGAAACGAUCAAAACAUAAAAAAUAUUAACUUUCGAUGGCUGCUUUAGACACUUUUCCAGAACUUCCGCGUCCAGGAGAACUAUCGUUUUGCGAGCGUGAUGGACGUAUUUGUUCGCUGCCUGUUAAUGAAAUCGAUGCAUCAGGUGCAGGCAAUCUAUUGUCCUACCCGGAGAUUAAUAUCGGUCGAGAACUAUUCCAUCACGCUUCGACACAUAACCGAGAGAAUCGUCGCACGAUUAUGGUUCCGGUGAACGAAACAUUGCUUAAACGUGUAACACGCACAUUUUUCGAGGAAGGAUUGGUAGAAGCACUGAAUGAAGCGACGAGCAGUGGCAACGAUCAAUAUAACCCGUUUAUCGGAUCCGUGGCCCGCUAUCUCUUAGUUCUGGUAAAUGUUGGCAAUCGCGUCAAAUUCUUCCUCAAACCUCACCUUAAAGAACAAGGCAUAGACUCGAUAGGAAAGUACACUCAAACCAGAGAUUGGUCGAGAAGUGCGAUACGCUCUAUCGCCUGGCAUCCGAAUUGUUUCAAAAUAGCUAUUGCAGCCUCGGACGACAGUAUUCGCGUGUACGGUGACGAACCAAACAUUGUUCCGAUAUUGAAAAGCGGUCUGCAAAAAUCCGUUAGCGCGCUAGCUUGGAGACCGUUUGCGUCUGGUGAACUGGCUGUUGGCUGUCAGAAUGGUGCCCUAGUGUGGAACAUAGAUCCAAACAGUUUAAUUACGAGACCGCUAUCACAGGCCAUUCAACUGAGAUAUGAAAAUCAUUUUCCAGUUACGUCAGUUGAGUGGAGUCCGAAUGGUUGCUUGCUUGCGACGGCCAGCAUUAACGAUUCGGACGUACUAAUUUGGGAUGUAGAGCAGAAUAGACAAGUUCCCCUGCGUCGCAUAGGCCUGCCUUGUGCACUGUUGAAGUGGUCACCUACUGGUUCUCGACUGUGUUCCACCACAGUUGGCAAUGUUUUUCGAGUUUGGCAAACUAACAAAUGGACUCCAGAUCGUUGGACAAUCAACCACGGCACCAUUCAGUCAAUUGUGUGGUCACAUACAGGAUCCCAUUUACUGUUUGUCACUACCGAGGAAAGCUUUCUGUACGGUUUGGGCUUUGUUGAAGAUGAAGUGUUCACUGCUACGUUAAUCCCCAAAUCAGCUCUACCGAUUGCUGACCUCUCAAAACUGACUACUGGUCAGGUAGAAGUAGGAGGACGACCCCAAGCACUCGCUUGGUGUUCUAAGAGUGAGUAUCUCGCGAUCACUUUCAAAGAUACAUCAGCGAUAGCUAUUUUCAACACGGUCAUCAAUCGUAGCCAGUUGAAUAUCACACCGUCGUGCUUUCUGACCGGUUUGGGUAUCGAGAGUCCCUCGUGCAUUUGUUUUCAACAGAAUCUAGGGAGACGAGCAGGCAGAACGGUAAAAACAGUUUUAACCAUCGGGUGGUCCAGUGGUAGAAUACAAUAUUUUCCUUUUGUUUAACGUUUAAUUAAUGGUUUUCUUUCUUAUCGAGUGGUAAUGUUUGUAUUCUUCUGUUUGAUAAAUGUUUCUUCUGAAUAAAA